UCCAUGUGUGACGUGUGGGUGAGUGUUUCCUUGCCAUAUUGUAACUUGGAUAUAAGUCAGGACUUAAAAAUGAUGAGAUAGCGAGAAAUGUGUCAUAUUGAUUGGAGAAGUGACCGGGUAAAGCGUCGCCGAUAAACCAAAAAGUAAGAAAGUAGAACUUCCGGGGAAGGAAAUAAAAACCAUGACGAACCGUUAUACACAAACACAGUCAUGGAGGCCUGUUAAAAAGUUUCCAUAUUUUUGUGACUUUAGGACUAUAGCAUGUUGUAUAUUUAUCACAAUAAUAGUAUCUAGUCAGCUUGCAUCGGGUGUAUACUUGAACGAAAUCGCCGUCCAUGUCCCGGGGGGAAGAUCUGUCGUCGAUCGUAUAGCAGAGAGACACGGAUACAUCAACCAAGGACAGAUUGGAAAACUGAAGGAUUAUUAUUUACUAGUAAUUCCUCAUAUACACAAGAGAUCCACUAGUCCUAGUCAUGCUCAUCAUGCACGUCUUUCACAGGAGCCAGAGAUUUUAUGGUUUGAGCAGCAGUUUGUAAAGAAGAGAGUGAAGCGAGAUUUAACAUUUACAGACCCACUGUGGCAUAAAGAAUGGUACUUGCAUGGUGGAGGUCGACGGGGGAGGAAUGGCCCUGGAGGAUUCGACAUGGGGGUAGCAGGAGCCUGGAAGAUGGGAUAUACAGGCAGAGGUGUAGUCAUCACCAUACUGGAUGAUGGAAUUGAGAGAGACCAUCCAGACCUUAUAGAGAACUAUGAUCCCUAUGCCAGCACUGACAUCAACAGCCAUGACUCUGACCCAAUGCCAAGAUACGACUUCAGCAAUGAAAACAGGCACGGAACUCGGUGUGCAGGAGAGGUAGCUGCAAAGGCCAAUAACUCUAACUGUAUUGUGGGUGUCGCUUACAACUCUGGCAUUGGAGGUGUACGUAUGUUGGAUGGUAAUGUAUAUGACAAAGUGGAGGCUGACUCCCUCAGCCACAACAACACCCAUGUUGACAUCUACUCAGCAAGCUGGGGACCAGAUGAUGAUGGUCGUGUGGUGGAUGGCCCAGGACCUCUGGCUAAAAAGUCCUUUGUAGAGGGUAUCACAAAUGGACGAGGCAAGAAAGGCAACAUUUUCAUGUGGGCCUCGGGUAACGGGGGACGAGCAGAAGACAGCUGUAGCUGUGAUGGAUACACCAACAGUAUAUACACUCUGUCUAUCAGCAGUACCUCUCAAAAUGGUGGCAAGCCCUGGUACCUAGAGGAGUGCUCCUCUACCCUAGCUACGACAUACAGUAGUGGGGCCCCUGAUGAACAACAGAUUAUAACGACAGAUCUCCGAAAGCGAUGUACAGAGACACACACAGGAACGUCAGCCUCCGCACCGCUGGCAGCUGGACUUGUUGCUUUGGCUCUGGAAGCCAAUCCGAGACUAACAUGGAGAGAUGUACAGUAUAUCACAUUGCUGUCGGCCAACCCAGAACCCAUGGCGGAUGGACAGUGGCGAGUCAAUGGCAUGGGAAGGAAAGUGAGUCUUAGGUAUGGUUACGGCCUGAUGAAUGCCACUAAGAUGGUCUACCUUGCCGAGCGCUGGACUACUGUACCAACACAACACAUCUGUACUAUCAGUGGGACCAAGCAAAAUGUGCCGUUGUACAAGUACAACAUGUUUGAGAAUCAGAUAACAACAGAUGGCUGUGCUCGUUCAUCUAAUGAAGUACGUUACCUUGAGCAUGUCCAUGUUAGAAUUACCCUAACAUACAAACGUCGUGGUGAUCUCUCCAUCCACUUGGUCUCACCGAGCGGCACAAAUUCCACACUACUGCCAAAGAGGAAUCGUGACUUAAGUGAUGGUGGUUUUAAAGACUGGGAGUUUUUGUCUGUACACUUCUGGGAGGAGAAUCCAGCAGGGAGCUGGACUCUUCUGAUUGUGGAUCAGAUAAAUCCAUAUGCUGGAAAUGAUCAGCAAGGCAAACUUGUGAACUGGUCACUGGUGUUGUAUGGUACACAGGACAAGCCAGUUAAUCUAAAGGAGACUCCAUCACAGACGCCGCCCACAAAUACCUGUCACUCCGAGUGUGUCGAUACAUGUAAAGGACCUAAUCCUGAGGAUUGUACCCGCUGUAAACACUACAGAGUCCAAGAUGGCCCCUGUGUACAAACCUGCCCGGCGGCAUACCGAGUUGACCGUGAUUUGUGUGUGCCAUGCAGUUCCAACUGUCAGCACUGUGUGACUGUGUCUGGAUCAAGAGAACACUGCGAGCAGUGUAAAGGAAACAUGAUGUCAAUAGAGAAUGAAGGUUCAUGUGUCACUUCCUGUCCACCUGGAUUCUUCAAAGUUGGUACAUCCAGAGUGUGCCGCAGGUGCUCUCAGCAGUGUGAGUUAUGUGCUCUUACUGCUAACCACUGCCUCAAAUGUGUCGCAGGCAUGGUACUUAAAGACAACAAAUGUAUACUUCCACCUACACUCUGUCCUGAAGGUACAUACAAGAACAGGAUGGGACGCUGCCAGUCAUGUGAUGUAGGCUGUCGUAUCUGUGAUGGGCCAGGCCAAUGUAUUUACUGCAAGAACAACUUCAGCUAUAUCCAGAAUGGCAAGUGUGUUCUCACUUGUGAGAAGGGAUACUUGCCACAUGUUCUACAGAUCGCUAACCACCGCGAAUGUCGCAAAUGUAAUCGGGGAGUGUGUAACAGCUGUGCCAAUGGCUUCAGGAUGUCCAACAGUGUUUGUUUCCAGGAGAAUGCCUGUAGUACAGACAAUUUUUAUGACUGGGCUGCUAUGUCAUGUAAAGCAUGUCACAAGAACUGCAACACAUGUCACGGACCCGAGGCGACCGACUGUAACUCAUGUCGAAGCCCACUGAUGUUCCACCCCUACCUGCAGGCUUGCCUAGCCUGUUGUGUGGACCCAAACCAGGACACGACUAGCUGCUGUAAAUGUGAUAUCAACAGAGGCAAAUGCAUUGUGGGCGCCUCUAAAAACAAGACAGAGAGGAAAAAUUGGCUGGUCCAAUGGCUCAACUCCAAUACUGGGUGAGCAAAAACAGAAUCUGAGUUUGUAUUGUUUCGUUCUGCAAAUGUGGGAUCUUUCACCGUAUAACCAUGCAGUGCAUCAAUGUGUUAUUCAUAGUGGUACAUAAGUAGUCAUCCCAGGUUUAUGAAACCUGAGGUUGCAUUGACCUCUGACCCUUUCAUUUCAAUAUGACAGGGUGAAAGAUCUGUGCUUGACAUGACCUUUGACCCUUUCAUUUGAAGAUAAAUGGAUACAGUAGCUUGACCUUAUGGCAUGCUUAUAUACCAAGACAAUGAAAGGGUUAUAGGUUAUUUGGUGCAUGAAUAUGGUUGCUGGUGCAACCAAGAAGUGGGCAAUCAAGUACUAAGGUUUAAUAAUCAUUGUUUACAUCAUGUGGGUUACUGAGAUCAUCAUUAAAAUGUUAUUGGCAAAAUCGUUAAAUAAGUACAUGAUUCACUAUAAAUAUCAGAAAUUGAGAUUUUCUCAAAAUAAUCAAAUUUGCAGAAAAAAAGAUGAAAGCUUAUAUAUUUGCAUGGCAUUAAUGAAGUGAAGAAUGGAAGACAAACAAAAGACUACUUUUAAGUGUAUGAAAGAUCUUUGUUCAGGGUUUGCUAAUCUUUCAAUAUACUUGUGAUUUUAUAAAAGAUUUAAACAUUCAAUAAAUUCUAAUAGAUUGCUGUUUCCUUUGUUUGCAUGGGUUUGUUAAUUGACGGUUGAGCUGUUGUAGUUGGAUACUAACAUAAUUAUACCUAAGUAACAUAACCCCUGUUCAGUAGUAUGCCAAGCUUCUAGAAAACUAGAAAGAAUUGGCCAUUUUGAUCUCUUUCAUAUAAAAGUUUGUAUUCCAUGUCAAUCACAUGCUUUAAUCUAUAGCCAUGAUGUUGCUGUGUUGAGUUACGUCAUUUUCUUGUACUGAACUGUCUGAACAAAUCAGAUGAAAAACAGAAGCAAUUUUCUGUAAGAUAACUGCAAAUCUACGUGAAAAAUGAAGGCAAAAAAACAAAAAGUUUUUGAUCUCUUCAAUUAUCACAACUCUCACUGCAUAUUUAGCUUCAAUUCAAGUUUUGUUAUCAAUGAUAUCAAUGCUGACAUCUCAGAUGUUAUAGAAUGCAGGAUAUUCAUGUGUAUAAACAUUGAUCAUUGCCUAUCAGAAAUCCUUUGUUGUUUUGUGUGGAGAUGUUACUGGAUUGUGUCUCCUGAUGUGUCCUUAUUAAAACUCUAUAUAUUGAAGAGUUCAGUUUCACCGUCCUACUGACAGGGUAUGGUUGGUGUAUUGUAUGUGUCGAGACCCAUUCACUGUGAUAUGUAAUAGCAUGAUACACUGACACAGCCCAAAGAAUAUUAACGUCGGAUUUUCAAUUGACUAUAAGAGAGAUUACCUCCCUUGGAUAUGGAGCUCCAGUCAUUGUCCUUGCACAGUGUUAACAUAACAUUCAGACAGCAGGACUAACAUAUCUGCCACUAUUAACCUUGAUGUUGGCAUUAUCUGUGGACUCUCUAAAUUCUGAAAUUUGUGCAAAUUUUUUUUUUGAAGAAAAUGGCUUUUAAACCCCAAAUUUCGCAAACUUUACAUAACCUAUGUUAAUUUGAUGGGGAUUUGUCAGAACUUUUCCAAUUUCAAAAAAUAAAAGUGCUCAAAUAACCUUGACAAAGAAUGCAAGAAAAAUUGUGUUACUAUUUACAUGGCAUAUCGAAAGCCCAGAAAACAUAUUAGACAUUGUAAAAUGAAAUUUUACUCUAACAGGCAUUUUGUAUUAUACCUAAUCCUCCUAGUGCAAAUUAUUGUAAACUGCAUUGUCUUUGUCUCACAAAAUGCCAUGUAUUCUGCAUGAGAAAUUUAGCAGAAUAAAAAAAAAUAGAAAUAUGUAAGAAAAAAUCAUGUUUAAGCUUACAGUGUAGUCAAAUAUCGUUUUAUGAUGAGAGAUUUUGAAGUAUUCAGUUUUAUCUAUUUUUUUUUAUCUGUUCUGAAUAUUCUGAAGAAAUUUGUAUGAACUUAAUUGUGUGCAUAUGCAAAUAGUGUCAGAAGUUUUAAGAAAUUGAAAAAAAUGAUUCACCAAUUGAUGUCUAUGUCAAUAUUGUAUUUAUGAUGAUUCUGUGCUGGAAUUAUUUUCAUGCUGCAGUUUUGUUUAAAAUGUCAAAUGAUCAAAUCAAAUUACUUCUAAGUCUUAGAUAUUUGUAGGUGUCAUUUGUCCUUGACCUAUUACCAAUGCUAUAAAUAGACUUCAUCAUUACCAUGGUUACAGGAGGAUUAUAAUUAGCAUUUGCGGUAUCUAAAAUAUAGUUCUCCAUGGAGACUUUUGAGGAUAUUUUCCCUGUGCUCCAUCCUUAGUCAUUCUUGUUUUGACAAAUAUGCAGUUUAGCAUCAUACUUACUGACCAUUUUGAAUUUUUUUUUAAAUAUUUAAAAUUUAGGCUUCAGAAAAAUACAUAUUCAUUCCUUCUUCUCACAAACUAAAAUCAUAAAAACAACAAAUCUUAAGUUGUUGUUUCAGGUGGACAAAUUGAAUUUUUGACAUUAGAAACAGUUUGGAAGAUUUAAACAAAAAUUGGUUAUUAAACAUUUAAAAUUGAUCCUGAAAAUCUGGAAUCUUUCUUCGUAAUAGGGAGUGUUGGUAAGUAUGAUGUAUAUCUAUACCAAUACAGGGGAAAAUGAAAAAUAAUCAUGGGUAUAUUGGUGUUUAUCUGUCUACCAAUCAGGACAUUAACACUGACCAAAUAUCAACAUUAUCUAGUCUACAUACCGAGUCACUUUGUUGCUGUCCUUUCACGGACUCACUUUCACUCGCAUUUAUUCUUCAAUUAAAAUUUAGCCAUUUCACUUAUAUUUAAAGUAAACAGUCUCAUUGAUUACUUUUUAAUGAUGAGAACUGAAUCAUUUUGAUUGCAGUCGACAGUAAAAUUUACUUACCUUGAUAAAUGUACUUACAUAAAAAUGAGUCAUUUAUGUUGUUCUUCCUUGCAAGACUGAAUCACUUGAAGAUUUUUGAAUUUGAAUGUAUUCCAGAUGAAACAUUAUUUGUAUUAAAGUUUAGUUCCAAUUGGUGAUACAUCACAAAGUGUGUGCUGUGUAGACUGCCUCACAUUGACUCACCUUUAUAAGAAUCCAGUUUUGAAGUUUCAGAUAGCACCUUUGAUAUUCAUGAUAUUCUGUGUUAUUUUUAAAAUUUUUAACUUAAAAACAGGUUUGAGCCUGUAUAUGAUUUUACUUAAUCAGACAGCAUUGUGCAUAUCAUUGUAGUUUUUGUGAUAGUCAUUUUGGGGAGUUAGUGGAUAUAUUGAUUGUAUUUUCAAACAUGCAUGUAACUUCAUUACAAACUUUAUAAAUAUUUACAUGUUAGUCAUCUUAUGUUCCUGUUAUUGCCUAAUCAGAGCUUUUACAUAUAAUGGUGAGCUUCAAAUCCAUCUUUUUUCAAAUUACUUUUAAUAUGUAUACUAGAUUCAGAGAUACAAAUUAAUAGAACUGAAUUAUUAGAAGAGAUCUGCUCAGCCAGAUUUUGAGAAAGUUGUAUGAGUCGAGUUGUUAAGCAUUCAUAUGUGAAGUCACCCAUGGACAAACCACGGUCCAUUUCAACUUAUCAUCCUUCCGUUUGAGAGUAGAUUUGAAAUUGUAUGUGAGCGAAGAAGUAUCUGACUGAGGUAGUGUGUAAUUACUUAUCACAUCUGUGAAAACUGUCCUCAUGGACACCAUAGAAACUGUUCGAAAUUAAUUCUUGAUGAGAGAGACUGUUUUCUCAAAACACACGGUAGAAGUUCAUUAAAAGUUUGUAAAAUAGUGAGUGUUAAAUUCAGGGGUACUGAUUUAGGGGCUACAACUCCAGCAUGGAAAGAUUGAUGAAACUAAGCUCUGUCAAUCAUAGGUAUCGAUGAAUUUCUGUAUUAAAGUUCUUCAACCAUGAUGGUUCAUUAAAAAAAGUGGAAAGAAACGCUUUCAUAUCAAAAGGAAAUAAAUCUGACCACAGCUGUUCCCCUCAGAAAUAUGUUUGGAUCACAUCAAUAAAACAGCAGAUGGAACAAAAGUAGAAUCAGUACUUUCUAAUGAUCCAUUUUCUCAUGUUAAGAUAUAUCUCUUACAGUUAAUUUUUAUUCUCGUUUAUUUUCUAAUGGUUUCCAUGUCAUUCUUUGUGUGAUUGGUGUAUGGAAGUCAUAUUAAGGUAAUUUUAAUUGGCGUCUGUGAUCUUACAAAGAAGGUCUGGUGUUUUUUUUUUUUUUAUAUUUAAUUUUACAUGUAUUUUGAUGUGUCUAUAUAUCAUAUAAUGAUUGUAUAAUAUGAAUGGUCAUUACAAUAUUUUCACAAAAUCACGUGUAGAGACAACACAAUGAUGAAAUAUCAGAUGGGAAAUUGUUGAACAGUUUUAAUCGAUUUUAUUGGAGUCAUUUUUCUGAUGAGAAAAAAUAUUGUAGAAAAUAUAUUUUUGCAAUAUCACUGUAAUCACAUGUAUUAUGUAAUAUUUAUGUACCAUGGAAAUGAAUAAUAUUAUUGUUUGC